AUGGAGUGUGAUGUUGACGAGAAAUUUAACGACGAUGACAAUUUAGGACGCUCGAGUAGUAAAGCUGUUAUUGUCUCGAGAAAUGUUUCAUCGAAAAAGAAUGACAAUGGAAAACGAAGACGUAAACGACCGCGAACCAAAGCUCUUCGACGAACAAUCAGGGAAAAGAUUGAAAUAGCAUUGUGUACGAGCGACUCGCCAAUUCAGGAUAUCCUAGAAACAGAUAUGGAUUGCGUAGUAAGUGCACCGCUGUCAUCUGUAAUAAGGUUGCUGAAGUUAGAUACGGAUGAAUAUCGAAGACUAAGUUGCAAAGCGCUUAUUAGCAUUGGAAAUUUGUCGAAAUUUUUUUCAAUCGUUGGUGAUUCAGCGGACACUCUUCAACUUGUACUUAGAGGCAAUGAUUUGGAUCACAGUUCUACCGUUGUUUAUGUCGACAAUUUACCCUAUGGCUGCAAAGUGGAUUCAUUGCAAAAAUGGGCAUCAACAUUUGGAACUGUUGUAUUUGUACGUCCGAUAAUGGAGGGAAAAAUGAAUACGAGCAAGGGUUCUGCCACGAAUGGUAUAUCCGCAUCAGCUGAAGUAUCUAUAUCUACUGCGUGUACUGGCAGAUUUUUUCAAAGUGCUUUCAUCAAAUUUGUGGACGAGCAGUCCCCAGUAGAUUUUAUUAAAUUUCAUCAAUUGUUGCGGAAGAAAGCUGCUAACAGACGGCGUAAGAAGCUGAAGUUGGAAAGAAAAAAAGUAGUGAAAAGAUCAGCGAAUUCUAUUUCAAAGAUUAAGAGCAAGAAAAAGCUGCAAAAAAAGAGACGUAAGUCAAAAAAAAAGGCUGAAAGUCGGAAGGUCAAGAAUGGUGGGAUUUCUGGAGAUUUAGAAGCUGUGAAAUUCGACCUAGUCGAGGAAAUGGAAAUCAGUGCUGAAAAGCCAGAAGUUGACGUGGAUAAUUCUAGUGAUGUUGUAAAAGGUGAGGGUGGAAAUUACAGCAGGCGAAGGAAACGAAAAAGGCGGUCAGGUCAUGGAGUUGAUGACAUACUGUUUAAGAAGACCAAAACGACUACUGAUGAAGAAAAGAAAGUUGAAACAGAAGCGGAGAAUGAAAUGGAAAAUGCUAAACAAAAUGGGUUUAAAAAUGCUGAUUCAAAAAAAGCUUCUGUAGACAAUGAUGUAGCUGAAAGGAAAGAUGCAAUUAAGGAUGUUAAAAAAAUGGAAGAUGGUGGAGGAUUCACGGCUCUCAAGAAUAUAUCACAGUUGAAAGUCGUAGUUACUGACCAAUCAUCGAAGAAAACGUUCAUAGAUGUUGGAACCGAUGUACCCGAAGAGUUUUUAUUAAGCGAAGUUGGUGGUGCUGCGAAAAAACGAAAACGUGUGCACCGACAAAAGCGGCGCGAAGAUAAGCUAAAAAAUUGCAACCAACGUCCGAAGAAGUAUUUUCAUAAUAUACAGGCAUAUUCAUUGGACACAUUUCAAAAACUCCGUUCAAGAUACUUGGAAUUAAAGAAACAACAAAUGGUUCAACUGAAGGCCAAUUUGAAGAAAAAAGGUGUACCAAGUGCGCUAUCGGGUUUGACCAAAAAGGAAUGGAAAAUGAAACGUGGACGUAGUCGAAUGAAUUAUUGCUUAUUUUUAGCUUAUGAUGCGCGCCGCAAAAUUACAUGA